CAAAUAGUAAAGUAACUUAAUUAGAAUUAUACAAUUAUGGCAUUAUAUCUUUUCAGAACAUUUCAUUUUGUAUAAUUGAGCAAACAUAUUGUAAUGGCAUCAUUUGUUAGUUCUCGAGAUCUUGAUGCGAAACGAGCAGAAAAAAGAAAAGCAAGACACACAUUGCUUGAAGAGGAAAAAAGUAAAUUUUUAGCAAAGGAAAGAGCUUUAGAGAGGCACAAAGAGAGUGGAAAUGACAAAUGGAUGCUGCCUGGAAUCCAGGAAAGAUUGGAUAAAGAUGCUUCAAAAUUAGGAUCUCAUGAAAAAAAGCACAAAAAACAUAAAAAGAAGAAAAAAAAGAAAAAGGUUUCAAGCGAAAGCGAAGAUUCAGAAGAUUGUUGGGAAGAAAAUUCUGCCUCGGCAGUUAUACCUUCAUCAAAACCAACUGAAAAUUUAUUGAAUUUCGAUGAAAUUUUAAGUGGAGAUCAGAUGUAUACUUCGAAAUCAAUGAAAGAGAAACGAAAACAGGAAAAAGAAGAAGAAUCUUUGAAAAAUAAAGAAGAGGAAUUGAUAGGUCAGCAUCCUAAAGAAUUAAAUCCAUACUGGAAAGAGGGUGGAGAAGGCUUACCACCAGAAAAAAUGGAAAAGUUGUCUAAGAAUACGUCCAAUAAAAUAUCAAAAGAUUGGUUACUAAAAUCAUUGAAACGUAUGAAUGAACAAGCAGAAGAACAGGGACGAACUGUGCAGUCAAUAGCUGCAGAGCGAUAUGGCUCAUGGGCUGAGUUUCAAAAUCUUUUGAGAGAGGCUGAACCACAGAAUAAGAGAGAAAAAGAUCGUCAGAAAGGUUCGCAUAACAAAUCAGAAAAAGGUGCAUUCAUGAAACCACAUGAUGGCGAUAAUGAGUAUGAUCACCGACGAUCAAGAGAUCACCAUCAUAGACAUGACAAAGAAAGGUAUCACCGUAGUGAACGUGAUUACAGACCAAAAGAGAAAGGAGAUAAAAACCAACGACCAUCGUGGAAAAAACCUAAACCAGACUCCGAAAGGAAUUUUUCUGAAGAUCAUCAGCCAUCAUGGAAAAAGAAAAAAACUGAUUCAAAGCAUUUGUCUGAAAAAGAAUCUUCGCCAUUGUUGAAGUCGGAGUCUAAAGAUAUUAUUUUAAAAGAUAAUAGUAAGCACGAACACGUCAAAACUAAAUUAUCAUCCCCACUGUCUAGAAACAUAGACACUGUGAAAUCUUCUGAUCGUGAACAACAUAUUGUAAAGGAAAAGCCCCCAGUUGCAAGAGUUGUAAUUUUAUCUGAAAAGGAGAAAAAUGCACUUGCUGCAAAAAUACUAAAAGCGGAACUGAUGGGAAAUGACAACUUAGCUAAUAAGCUGAAAUUAAAACUGGAAAAGGCGAGGCAAGCUGAAAGCGAUACUAAAAAAUCCUCCGAUACCUCAAAGAAAUUGCCUGCUGCUAAUUCUGGAAGUUCGUCUGAUAGCAGUGAUGAUGAAACUGUGGUUUUAACAAGGACUGGUAAAGAUGGACAAUCAUGGCCAGUUCAGCAUUCAGACAUGGCGUAUGAUUCUGUUUCGAACAAGAAGAGAAAGAAGAAAAAGGUUCCUACUCACAGAGAUGGGGAAAGGGAGCGCUACUUUGCCGAUGAUGACCGUCAUAGUUUGAAAGAUCUUGUACGUCGUGAAAAAAUGGAAGAAGCAGAAGACCAAGAUGCCAUGUUUUCACGGCUCGCUUCGAAACAAUUCAGGGGUACUGAUUCUGAUGACUUUACUCUUGAUGACAUGUACGUGUCACAGGCCUCGCAGCAAACUACGCGUACGGAGGAGGAAGCUAAACAAAGACAAAAAGCCAUUUCUGAUCAUAAAAAACUAUCAAAGCGUCUUGAAAAUUGUCGAUUAUGCUUUGGUAAUCCAGAAUUACCAAAACACUUGCUUAUUGCAAUAGGUAAAAAUUCGUACCUAUGUCUCCCAGAACACAAACCUCUAUCCCAGGGACAUUGUUUUAUUGUGCCAAUGCAUCAUUGUACCACUGGUACAGGGUUAGACGAAGAUGUUUGGGAGGAAAUCAAACAUUUCAUGCGAACAUUACAAAUUGUACUCAAGGCACAAGAAUUAGACUGUGUUUUUAUGCAAACUUGCAUGGGGCUAAAAAAAUCCAGGCAUUUUUAUAUUGAUUGCAUUCCAAUGCCAAUUGAGGAGGGUGAAAUGGCACCCAUAUACUUUAAAAAAGCAAUUCAAGAAUCCGAAAGUGAAUGGUCACAUAAUAAAAAACUUAUCGAUACUCGAGGCAAGGACGCCAGAAAAUGUAUUCCUAAAGGACUUCCAUACUUUAGCGUCGAUUUUGGUUUGGAUGGGGGUUUUGCCCAUGUAGUGGAAGACGAGGUCUUGUUUCCACAUUUUUUUGGCCGAGAGGUAGUUGGUGGGAUGCUUGAUGUUGAGCCAAGAUUAUGGCGUCAUCCCCCAAAAGAUCAUUUCACUGAGCAGACAAAACGCUCUAUACAGUUUUCUGAGUGGUGGAAACCUUACGACUGGACAGCUAAUGUAUCCAGCACCUCUUGAAUUUAAAUCUUUACACUUUUUUCAACGACUUUCACAAUUUUUUACUAAUAAAUAUUUUUAACAAAAAGGA